UGCUGUCGAGGAAGAAGUUGAAGGGGACCAGCGCAACCCUAAAUCUGCGGGAUCUUGGGGUAUACACACUCGGGAUGCUGGGGCCCGCCCUCCUCGUCCUCCUCUGUUGCUUCAGAGGACUUGCAGGCCCAUCGCCCCAUUUCCUGCAACAGCCAGAAGACUUGGUGGUGUUGCUGGGGGAGGAAGCCCGGCUACCCUGUGCUCUGGGCGCUUACCGGGGGCUCGUGCAGUGGACUAAGGAUGGGCUGGCUCUAGGGGGCGAAAGAGACCUUCCAGGGUGGUCCCGGUACUGGAUAUCAGGGAAUGCAGCCAGUGGCCAGCAUGACCUCCACAUUAAGCCUGUGGAACUGGAAGAUGAAGCAACAUAUGAGUGCCAGGCUUCACAAGCGGGCCUCAGAUCACGGCCUGCCCAGCUGCGUGUGAUGGUCCCUCCAGAACCCCCUCAGGUACUAGGCGGCCCCGCAGUGUCUCUGGUUGCUGGAGUUCCUGGGAAUCUGACCUGUCGGAGUCGAGGGGAUGCCCAACCUGCCCCUGAACUGCUGUGGUUCCGAGAUGGGAUCCGGCUGGAUGGGACCACCUUCCACCAGACCACAAUGAAGGACAAGACCACUGGGACAGUGGAAAACACCUUAUUCCUGACCCCUUCCAGUCACGAUGAUGGAGCCACCUUGAUCUGCAGAGCCCGGAGCCAGGCCCUGCCCACAGGGAAGGACACAGCCGUUACAUUGAUCCUGCAGUAUCCCCCAGUGGUGACUCUGUCUGCUGAGCCCCAGACUGUGCAGGAGGGGGAGAAGGUGACUUUCCGGUGUCAAGCCACUGCCCAGCCUCCUGUCACCGGUUACAGGUGGGCAAAGGGGGGAUCCCCUGUGCUCGGGGCACGUGGGCCAAGGCUGGAGGUCGUAGCAGACGUCACGUUCCUGACUGAGCCAGUGUCCUGCGAGGUCAGCAAUGCGGUGGGAAGCGCUAACCGAAGCACCGCGCUGGAAGUGCUGUAUGGACCUAUUCUGCAGGCAAAACCAAAGCCCGUGUCCGUGGACAUAGGGAAAGACGCCUCCUUCAGCUGUGCCUGGCGAGGGAACCCACUUCCACGGAUUACUUGGACCCGCCUCGGUAGCUCUCAGGUGCUGAGCUCGGGACCCACGCUGCAUCUUCCAUCCGCGGCGCUGGAGGAUGCGGGUGACUAUGUGUGCAGGGCUGAGCCGCAGCGCUCAGGUCUGGGAGGCGGCACAGCGCAGGCGAGGUUGACAGUGAAUGCUCCCCCAGUAGUGACGGCCCCCCACCCGGCGCCAGCCUUCCUGAGGGGCCCUGCUCGCCUCCAGUGUGUGGUGUUUGCUUCUCCUGCCCCGGAUUCCGUGGUUUGGUCUUGGGACGAGGGCUUCCUGGAGGCAGGUUCACUAGGCAGGUUCCUGGUGGAAGCCUUCUCAGCCCCGGAAGUGGAGGGAGGACACGGCCCAGGCCUUAUUUCUGUGCUACACAUUUCCGGGACCCAGGAGUCCGACUUUACCAGGGCCUUCAACUGCACUGCCAGGAACCGCCUGGGUGAGGGCCGAGCACAGGUCCACCUGAGCCGUAGAGAAAGCCCCCAAAUUACCUUGGCCUCCUGCCCUGCCCUGAACCCUACAGCGUUCCUUCCUGUGCCUUCCUCCUCUGUAACCCCUCUCACUCCUGCCCAGAGGCUGUGGAGGCCUUAUGCUCACCCCAGCCUGGUCUCCUAG